AUGGCUUCAAGUCCACCAAAGAAGACCUUAAACUCACAAUCCUCCUCCUUAAGCCGGCCUCCACAAGCCGUCAAGUUCGGUCGCCGGACGUCCAGUGGCCGCAUUGUUAGCCUCUCCCGCGACGAUGACAUGGACGUCUCUGGUGAUUACUCCGGCCAAAGCGACUACAUCAACUACACCGUCCUCAUGCCUCCUACACCGGACAACCAGCCCGCUGGCUCCUCCGGGUCCACCUCCGAGUCGAAACCCGACGCUAACCGCGGCGGUGGUGGCGACGGCUCCAAGAUGGGGAACAAGCUGGAUAGGAGACUAUCUGUGAUGAAGUCGAAUAACAAAUCAAUGCUGUUGAGGAGCCAAACAGGAGAUUUCGAUCACAACAGGUGGUUGUUUGAAUCCAAAGGCAAAUACGGAAUCGGAAACGCGUUUUGGUCGGAAGAGGAUGAUACCGGUGAUGGUGGCGUUAGCAUGUCAGAUUUCUUUGACAAGCCAUGGAAACCGCUCACCAGGAAAGUUCAAAUCCCCGCCAAAAUUCUUAGUCCAUACAGGCUAUUGAUCCUGUUUCGUCUCGUGAUAGUCUUCUUCUUCCUCUGGUGGCGUAUCACGAAUCCUAACGAGGAUGCAAUGUGGCUAUGGGGACUAUCGAUAGUGUGCGAGAUUUGGUUCGCCUUCUCUUGGAUUCUCGACAUUCUUCCAAAGCUAAACCCUAUAAACAGAGCCACGGACCUAGCUGCCUUGCAUGACAAGUUUGAGCAGCCUUCUCCGUCAAACCCUACUGGUCGCUCUGAUCUUCCCGGUGUUGAUGUGUUUGUUUCCACAGCUGAUCCUGAGAAGGAACCGCCUUUAGUCACCGCAAACACUCUCCUCUCCAUCCUCGCCGUGGAUUAUCCGAUCGAGAAGCUCUCUGCUUACAUUUCAGACGACGGUGGUGCUAUUCUCACCUUUGAAGCCAUGGCUGAAGCUGUUCGCUUUGCCGAGUAUUGGGUGCCAUUUUGCAGGAAACAUGACAUAGAGCCGAGAAACCCUGAUAGUUACUUUAGCAUCAAGAAAGACCCGACCAAAAACAAGAAAAGGCAAGAUUUUGUGAAAGACCGUCGUUGGAUCAAGCGUGAGUACGACGAGUUCAAAGUCAGGAUCAACGGUCUUCCAGAGCAAAUCAAGAAAAGAGCUGAGCAGUUCAACUUGAGAGAAGAGCUCAAGGAGAAACGAAUCGCAAGAGAGAAAAACGGCGGCGUAUUGCCUCCGGAUGGUGUUGAGGUGGUCAAAGCAACGUGGAUGGCUGAUGGCACGCAUUGGCCAGGAACGUGGUUCGAACCUAAACCUGACCAUUCAAAAGGAGACCACGCCGGAAUCCUACAGAUCAUGAGCAAAGUUCCUGAGCUUGAACCGGUUAUGGGCGGACCGAACGAAGGCUCGCUGGAUUUCACCGGUAUCGAUGUACGAGUACCAAUGUUUGCGUACGUCUCGCGUGAGAAACGUCCAGGUUUUGACCACAACAAGAAAGCCGGUGCCAUGAACGGUAUGGUUAGAGCUUCAGCUAUACUAUCAAACGGCGCCUUCAUCCUCAAUCUUGACUGUGAUCACUACAUAUACAACUCCAAAGCUAUCAAAGAAGGAAUGUGUUUCAUGAUGGACCGUGGUGGCGACCGAAUCUGUUACAUUCAGUUCCCACAACGGUUCGAAGGCAUCGACCCGUCCGAUCGUUACGCAAAUCACAACACCGUCUUCUUCGACGGUAACAUGAGAGCACUAGAUGGGUUACAAGGUCCGGUCUAUGUCGGAACUGGUUGUAUGUUUCGAAGGUAUGCUCUCUAUGGGUUUAACCCACCACGAGCCAACGAGUACUCGGGCAUGUUUGGUCAGGAGAAAGCCCCGGCUUUGCAUGUCCGGACUCAGUCUCAAGCUUCUCAAACGUCUCAGGCCUCAGAUGUAGAGUCCGACACACAGCCACUCACCGAUGAUCCAGAUCUUGGUCUGCCUAAAAAGUUUGGUAACUCAACCUUGUUCACAGACACUAUUCCAGUUG